AUAUUUCAGGCCCAGUGCUUAAGGACAGCCCAACAAGUAUAAAGAACCCCAAAAUCCGUCUACUUAUUUUCAUAGUAAAGUAAAUCCAAAAACAGCAACAUGGCCACCCUUCAGCUGAGAAGUGUAUAUCUUCAGAAAGAAACCAAUGCUGCUAAUCACCACACCAGUGACUAUGACUAUGACUACAAGACCGUUUUAGCAAGAAGAGGAAAUUCCGUCCAAAUUAUACUGAAUUUCAGCCGUGGUUUUUAUACUGGAGAAAGUCUGUCAAUAUCUGUGGAAACAGGUCCAUCGCCUUCAGUAUCCAAGAAAACUAAAGCUGUAAUGCCAGUCUACAGAUAUGUGAACCCAAAAACCUGGAGCGCAUUCCUUCAUCAAAGAACUAGGGGGACUGUAACUAUUAACAUAAAUAUUCCAGUAGAUGCUGUCAUUGGCCGUUACAAGGUGACUGCAACUGUCAGCAGGUAUGGCCGUUCAAUGUCUUACAGACUUCCUGAAUUGAUUGUUCUCUUUAACCCUUGGAAUCCAGAGGACCAGGUAUACAUGAGUAAUGAAGCAGAAAGGAAUGAGUAUGUGCUCAAUGAAACAGGACUGAUUUUCACUGGGAGUGCAAAUUCUAGAGGAAGCAGAAGAUGGGACUAUGCCCAGUUUGAGGGGGAUAUUUUGGACAUUUGCUUACUCCUGCUAGACAAGAGUCUAGAAUACAAAACAGAUCCCACCACAGAUGUCUCUAGAAGAAAUGACCCUGUGUAUGUGGGACGGGUGUUGAGUGCUAUGGUCAACAGUAAUGAUGACAGUGGUGUCUUAGUGGGAAACUGGAGUGGAAAAUACACAGGAGGUCAAAGUCCUGGGUCAUGGAAUGGAAGUGCAGCAAUACUCCGGAGCUGGAGUAAAAAUGGAUCAGUGAAAUUUGGACAGUGCUGGGUAUAUGCUGGUGUACUAUGUACAGCACUGCGAUGCCUGGGGAUACCUGCACGUGUGAUUACCAAUUUCGAAUCAGCACAUGACACCAAUACCAACCUGCUGAUUGAACAGUAUUUUGAUGAAUUUGGAAAGAGUCUCCCUUCCCCUGACAGUGUGUGGAAUUUCCACUGCUGGGAUGAAGGUUGGUUUACUAGAAAGGAUCUUGGUGAGGAUUAUGGUGGAUGGCAGAUUUUGGAUGCAACCCCACAAGAACCAAGUGAAGGCAUCUUUCGCCUUGGGCCUUCCUCCCAGAAAGCUGUCAAAGAGGGAGAAGUGACCUCGGAUUAUGAUACUACAUUUGUAUUUGGUGAAGUAAAUUCAGACAGAAAGCGAUUUAUCAGAUUUAAUGAUGGAAGACCUCUUUCAAGUGUCUACACUGAUACUGAAUCCGUUGGGAAAUUUAUCAGCACCAAGGCAGUGGGCUCUUUAACCCGCCUAGAUGUAACAAAUGAUUACAAAUACCCUGAAGGUUCUGCCAAAGAAAGAGAGAUUUUUGAUAAAGCACGAAAUACAUUGCUAAGCUUGGGAAUUGCUCCAAUGUUUGCCAGAACGAGUAUGAGGUCGGAGCAAGAUGAACCAGAAGCGCCAAAACCUGAAAUCACUAGCAGCUUCAAGUGGAGUGGAGAUCCACAAAUCGGGGAUGAUGUUACAUUCAUCCUCACAAUUAAAAAUCCUACCUCUGCCAAGAAAAACAUAAAACUCAAGUUUACUGUUACAGCGAUUGUAUAUAACAGAGCAACUGUGAAAGACAUCCUUACUCAUUCCCAGUCAGUCACCGUGGCUGCUAAUAAAGAGGAAUCUGUAAGCCUCAUUGUAGAAUAUGGAAAGUACCAGAAGGCUCUCACCUCUGACAAUAUGAUCCAAGCUGCGGCUGUGUGUGAAGAAGAAAAUGGAGCUACUUUGCUGAGUGAAACAGUUCUGACCUUGAAGAACCCGCCCCUGCAGAUGAAGGUUCCUGAAAAAGUAGUCAUAAAUCAAGACAUUUCUGUCGAGGUGACUUUCUACAACACAGUUGGAGACGUGCUUAAAAACGGUUCAUUAACCUUAGAAGGCAGCGGUCUGAUUAAAGAGCCUACACAAAUUCAAGUGACAGAUCUGAAACCCGGUGAAAAAUAUUCAACCAAAGUCGCCAUCACUCCAUAUAAAGUCGGUGAAAAAAACCUCUCGGCUAAUUUCUCCGCAGACAAAUUGUCUGAUGUAAAGGCAUACGCUACUGUUAAAGUGGGUUCUACUUAGAAAUGACUGGCAACUGCACUGGAUAAAAAGAGACCAGCUAGAACAGCUUUGUAUUGGAAUCAAUUGUGGGCUUUUUAGAAGAAUAGAACAUCCAUGACAUUAUAAUCUUAUGAACAAACUAUAAUAAUAAAUAUUACCUGUAAAGACUUGA